UCACGAUCUCUCUCCCCCUCUACAUGCAGAACGCGGAUAUGGCGUCCCUUCAAUUUUCGAAAAUUAUCCAGAACUUCAGAAUCCCAGCAUUUGAAACGUUUCAAUUGCUUCUCAUUCAUCUUCACGACUCACCGAACCGCUCUCAAUAGCUCAGUUUCCCACACACUCUCUCUCUCUCUCUCCCUCUCUCAUUUUAGCCUUCAAUUUUUCUCGUUUCCCAUUUUUUAGGGUUUUCAUUUUCUGUUCAUUUUUUGGUGUUCUUGUUCCCGAUUGAAAUUUGUUCUUGUACAUUUUUCUGGACUGUAAUUCUAUUCAUUUUUGUUUUAAUUUUCCAAAUUUCAUUCUUAUUCCUCACUAUUUUAUUGUAAUUUUUCCGAUUUUAGAAGAAAUUUUUAUUCAUAUUUCAUCAUAGUUGAUUCCCGUGAUGCAUCUCGAAAUUUUGCGCGUCUCAAUUCGUUUUCGGACCCAAAUUUCUCAUUUAUGUCAUUGAAUCUAAGGAAAAAAUCGAUUUCUUGGAAGUUUGAAUAGAACAGGGUGCAAUUAGGGUUUCCAAUCAUAUGCUGUUGGGCGCAAAGAAUCGAGCUAGGUUUUGUUCAGGUCCCUGAUCUGAGCUGCAGAGGUAGGGACUUGAUUGGAUUGCUUAUUAUUGUAGUUAAUGUGAUUGAAGAAGAAGAUUGAUUUGGAUGUUGAAAUUGAUAGAAGGACCUGAGAUUGGUGCUUUUAUUAUUUGAUGGGGAACACAUGUGUAGGACCAAAUCUUGGCAAGGGUUUCUUUCAAUCUUUUACCGCUGCCGUUUGGAAAAACCGGCCGCCGGAAAACAGGCUUCCUCCUCCCAAUGAAGGAAAUAGUAGCAAAAGUGGCCCAAGUUCAAAUCAUGAUUCAUCUAAAGGAGGUAAUGAGGGGAAUAAAGCUCCUAAAGCUAUUGAGAUUCCUCCUAAUCCGGUUCAAAGCACACCGCCUCCAGCUGUGAAAAUCGGUAAUGAUCCACAUCAAAAGGCAGAACCUGAAAAACCUAAUACGCCGGAGGUUAAGGAGGAGGUGAGUAAGCCUCCUCAGGAUGCUGAGAAAUCGAAGAAACCUACUCAUAUGAAGAGGAUUUCAAGCGUUGGACUGCAAGUAGAAUCGGUGUUAGGAAGGAAGACUGGGAAUAUAAAGGAUGUUUAUAGCUUGGGCAGGAAGCUUGGACAAGGGCAAUUUGGGACGACGUUUCUUUGCGUGGAGAAGGAAACGAAUAAAGAGUUUGCUUGCAAGUCGAUUGCAAAGAGGAAAUUGACAACACAAGAAGACGUCGAGGAUGUUAGGAGGGAAAUUCAGAUAAUGCAUCAUUUGGCAGGUCACCCCAAUGUGAUACAAAUUGUCAGCGCUUAUGAGGAUGCUGUGGCAGUUCAUGUUGUAAUGGAACUGUGUGCAGGUGGGGAGCUUUUCGAUAGAAUUAUACAAAGGGGGCAUUACACAGAGAGAAAGGCAGCUAAGCUUGCAAGGGUUAUCAUUGGUGUCCUCGAAGCAUGCCAUUCUUUGGGUGUCAUGCAUCGGGACUUAAAGCCAGAGAAUUUUCUAUUUGUCAACCAGGAAGAGGACGCACCCCUUAAGACAAUAGAUUUUGGGCUCUCAGUGUUCUUUAGGCCAGGAGAAACAUUCACUGAUGUUGUUGGGAGCCCUUACUAUGUGGCACCAGAAGUACUACGGAAGCACUAUGGUCAAGAAUGUGAUGUUUGGAGUGCUGGUGUGAUCAUUUAUAUCUUACUCAGUGGAGUGCCCCCUUUCUGGGAUGAAACGGAGCAAGGUAUAUUUGAGCAGGUAUUAAAGGGCGAACUUGAUUUCAUAUCAGAACCAUGGCCCAACAUAUCUGAAAGUGCUAAGGAUUUGGUUCGGAGAAUGCUUGUGAGGGACCCAAAAAAGCGGCUAACAGCCCAUGAAGUUCUUUGCCACCCAUGGGUUCAGGUAGAUGGUGUUGCUCCUGAUAAACCUCUUGAUUCUGCUGUUCUAACUCGGUUGAAGCAAUUCUCGGCCAUGAACAAACUCAAGAAAAUUGCCAUCAGGGUCAUUGCAGAAAGUCUGUCUGAAGAGGAAAUUGCAGGCCUCAAAGAAAUGUUCAGGAUGAUAGACGCAGAUAAUAGUGGGCAUAUCUCCCUUGAGGAACUGAAGAAUGGUUUGGAAAGAGUGGGUGCUGACCUCAAGGAUUCUGAAAUCAGUUGGUUAAUGCAAGCAGCAGAUGUAGACAACAGUGGUACCAUAGACUAUGGUGAAUUCAUAGCAGCAAUGCUCCACCUGAACAAGGUCCAGAAGGAGGAUCACCUGUUCGCAGCAUUCUCGUACUUCGACAGAGAUGGAAGUGGGUACAUUACUCGAGAUGAGCUGCAACAGGCCUGUGAGAAGUUUGGCUUAGAAGAUGUUCACUUAGACGAUAUAAUACGUGAAGUUGACCAGGAUAAUGAUGGGCGAAUUGAUUAUAGUGAGUUUGUUGCUAUGAUGCAAGACACAGGUUUCGGCAAGGGAUUACAAAGUAACAUGAGUAGAAAGGUAGCGUGAGUAUUCGAAUUCGAGGAAGCACUCAAGCAUUAGUACCUGAUGUUAUGCCUAGUCAACAACACCGUCUAUAUAGUGAAUAUGUACUAAUAUUUGCUCCUUAAGAAAAAUUAACAGAACUAGAGAUGCAUACUGUUGUAGAGAUCAGCCAGAUUUCAGGGGGUGAGAGAGUGUUAGGGCCCUGUUCUUUCUAGUCUUUCGUUUUGUAUUUACCAUUAAUUUAGAUUUGUAUUAAGUAUUUUCACUUUUGAAAGUACUGCAAGUCAUCUGUUCUUGAAGCUAUUUUUGUAAUUGAAUCUAUUUUUCUUUGUACUAGUUCUCUUUCUAUCA